UAAUUUAUCUUUGACCUUCUCCUUCUCUUAUCUUUUAUGAUAAUAUAAUUAGCACACACAAAUUGAUCUAUCAUUUCUUUGUUCAAAAAGGAAAGUGACAAAGGGGUCAUGAUCCAGGGGUGGUUGAUUUAAUUAAUCACAAUUUGGGUUUUGAUCCCCGUGUGUUGUGUAUUCUUUCUUCUUCCCUUCUUCUACCAAUCCAAUUCAUCGUCUGAUCCAUACAAAAAAUGAUGCAUUCUCCGACGAAUGACUUGUCUUUCAAGUGUUUUGUGGAACAAAACCUUCCAAAAUGGGCAAACAUGGUCAUAUAUGCAAUGCUAGAAUGGGUGAUGAUCGUUUUGAUUUUCAUUGACGGUUUUCUGGCGCUCUUAUCUGACGAAUUCGCAAAGUUUUUUGAGCUCAACGUUCCAUGCUUGUUGUGUACGAGGAUAGAUUAUGUCAUGUCUCAUAAUAGGUGGUCAUCUUCUUCACCAAACUACAAUGAAUCAAUGUGUGAAGCUCACAAGAAAGACAUUUCAUCCCUCGUAUAUUGCCACCUUCAUAAGAAGCUUUCUAACAUAAAGCGUAUGUGUGACACCUGUCUUCUUUCCUACGCAACUGAGAAGGAAGGUUCCGAAUGUGACAACAUGUACAAAUCUCUAUUGGGGAUCAUUCUGCAGAAUAAGCAGCAACAGCAGGGUGAUGAGAAAUUUAUAAAGAAGAAGACAUUUGAUAAUAGGAACAAGGAUGAGGAAGAGGAGGAGAAGGAGGUUGAGAUGUGGUGUUUGUGUUGUGGGGAGCUUGUUAGGAGGAGGAGGGGAGAUAAUAACAAUAGUAAAUAUUAUAGGAGAAGUGGAUCAUUGAACAAUGCCAUUGCUCCUGCUCCGUCCCCGCGUGCCUGGAGACAGCUUGAGCGGGUGCGUAGCAUUGUCGAAUCACCACGCAUUCGUUUCAAUGAGCUCAAGAUGGUUCCUGAUCAUGACUCCGAGAUUCCAGAAGAGGAUUGUAUUACAAAUGGCGGAGGAGGUAGAGAUGAUUCUAAUAAAUUAUCUGGAGUCCAAGAAGAUGCUUGUAAGACCCCGAGUUUUAUUCGAGGAAACAAGUUUUUUGGUAUCCCAUUGACGGAUUCAGCUCAAGCGAGCCCUAGAUUGUCUAGGCUUCCAAUGGAUGUCAUUCUUUCAUUAUCAUCAUCAGAUCCUAUAGACACCAUUGAAGCAGCAGGAGAUGGGGACAUUCUUGGACGUUUAAAGAAGCAGGUACGUUUGGACCGCAAAUCUCUCAUGGCAUUGUAUAUGGAACUGGAUGAAGAAAGAAACGCUUCUGCCAUUGCUGCAAACAACGCAAUGGCAAUGAUAACUCGGCUGCAAGAUGAGAAGGCUGCCCUCCAAAUGGAGGCAUUGCAGUACCAAAGAAUGAUGGAGGAGGAGGUGGAGUUUGACCAAGAGGAAGUAGAGUUGAUGAAGGAAAUGCUUGCAAAGCAAGAGGAGGAUAUGAAGGCGUUGGAGGAUGAGCUUGAUGCUUAUAGGCUUAAAUUUGGACCCUUAGAUGAUCAGAGAGAUGAAAAUGAUGCAUAUGUAGAAGAAGAGGAGGACUUUGAAAUCCACGGCGAUGAAGAUUAUCAAGAACUAUUGAGGUCCCACUUCUUACCAUCAUCUGUUGAUGUGUCAGAAUGUGUCAGCCCUCAUGAAGAACCAUCAACAACACGGUAUGAUCAUUUUGAACCAGCACCCUCCAUUGAUGGGAACAAUAAUAAUAUGGGGGAAUCAAUUAUCGUCAGUCAAGAAAACUCUCAUAUUUCCAGCCCAUCUAAUGUUUGUUCAGAUGAAACACAUUUGUUAUUAGAGGAGCCUAAUGGUUCUAAUAAUAUGCAUGCAUGAGUCAUGACGAUGAAGCAUACAUCCAUAUAAGGGAAGUGAUGAGGCAGCAUACUAUUCCAGUAGAUGAUCACUAAGCUGUAUAUAUACCAACAUGCAGUGACAUGAAUCUUCAUGGUCUUCUGUUCUUUCCGAAGGAGCCCUGAAAUUAAACAAAAAAUAGUAACUCAUGAGAACUAGUAUUAUGUCGAUUGAUGUCUAGAGCAGUACGUUAUAUAUACAUGUAUAUAUGUAGUGAAAAAAUCACAGAAAAAUAUACGUAGUAAUUUAUACUAGUUGUAACAAAAGUAUAACUUUUAAUACAAAAGUUGUAACUUCAUAUAGGCUUUUUAAAUCUAAAUAGCUGAGUAAAACUAACUCAAAUGAAUUGAAGUUAUAUGUUUUAUCAUAAAAGUUUUGUUUUUGUUAUUACAAAGUAUAUUUCUCAAUCGGGAAACUUUUCUGUUUGGUUUCUUUUCUAUAUAUCCCAGAUUGGAGCUUUGAAAUGACACCUUUUAUAUCAUGAAUAAUGGGGUUGUGCACUCCGCUCUUGCCAAGUCCUCUGCCUCAGAGCCAUUCUUAGUUAUCUUCAUCAAUCAAUUUUUAAUGUAAUUAUGUUGUCAAGUUGAUGGUAGUUAUCUCAACGUAAUUAUUAUACAUUUGUUUAUGUAAUUCCAAUGCUUUGGAGUAUGUGGGAGCUUCAGUUCAUGGCGGUGUAUUAUUGAUAAAGAGAUUUUUUUAUUUUUAAGACAUUAUGGUCUUAUUACUCCGAUGAAAGUUGUGAAAGUUGUAGAAUAAUUUUGAAUUACAUAGUUUUAAUUACUAACACUAAUUUGUAAUUUAC